CUCUGAUUCUCUACCUUUUUGUCUCCCGAGUUAUUCUCAAUUUGAUUCCCAAGAAAACAUGAGAAAAGUGAAUAGAAAAAUCAUUUGUUUCCUUCUUUGUCUUCCUUCCUUUUCGCAAACAAACUGUGCAUUGUAUUGUUUUUUCUUCUUAGGCAAAAAAGGGAAAAAGCCAAGAUCUCUAUUUUGAUCGAUAACUGGAGCAAACACUGGGUUUUUAGUGGGAAAUGAGCGUGGAGUCACCAUGAAAAAGGUCACGAGAAAGGUCGGAAAGUAUGAGGUCGGCCGAACACUUGGCGAAGGAACUUUCGCCAAGGUUAAAUUUGCGCACAACACCGAGACUGGGGAGAGCGUAGCUAUGAAGGUUAUGGCAAAGUCCACCAUUCUUAAGCAUAGGAUGGUCGAUCAGAUUAAACAAGAGAUAUCCAUAAUGAAGAUUGUCAGGCACCCUAACAUAGUUAGAUUGCAUGAGGUCUUGGCCAGCCAGACAACGAUAUAUAUUAUUCUUGAGUUUGUCACUGGAGGAGAACUAUAUGAUAAAAUUGUUCACCAAGGAAGACUCUCUGAAAACGAAUCCAGGCGAUACUUUCAGCAGCUUAUAGAUGCUGUAUCACAUUGUCACAGUAAGGGUGUGUACCACAGAGAUCUGAAGCCUGAAAAUCUACUUCUUGAUUCGAAUGGAAAUUUGAAGGUUUCUGAUUUUGGACUUAGUGCAUUGCCUAAACAAGGGGUUGGACUUCUUCAUACCACAUGUGGAACCCCAAAUUAUGUUGCACCUGAGGUGCUUAGUAACCAAGGUUAUGACGGUGCAGCUGCUGAUGUGUGGUCAUGUGGAGUCAUUCUCUAUGUUCUAAUGGCAGGAUAUCUUCCAUUUAAUGAGAUAGACCUUCCAAGCUUGUACAAAAAGAUCAAUGCUGCAGAUUUUUCCUGUCCAUUUUGGUUUUCUUCUGGAUCAAAGUCGUUACUAUGUAGGAUACUUGAUCCCAAUCCGAAAACUCGUAUUCGGAUUGAAGGGAUAAAAAAUGAUCCAUGGUUUCGAAAGAACUACGUCUCUAGCAAAUGUAGAGAAGACGAAGAAGUGAAUUUGGAUGAUAUUCAUGCGGUUUUUGAUGAUAUUGAGGAAAAUUACGUAUCUGAGCAGUCAGGAAAUAAUGACACAGGUCCUUUGAUAAUGAAUGCAUUUGAGAUGAUUACCCUAUCCCAAGGGUUGAAUCUAUCAGCACUUUUUGACAGACGACAGGAUUAUGUAAAACGGCAAACUCGUUUUGUUUCCCGCGAACCAGCAAAAGUUAUAAUUUCUACUAUUGAAGCUGUGGCAGAAUCUAUGAAUUUCAAGGUCCAUACACGCCACUACAAGACAAGACUUGAGGGAAUAUCUGCAAAUAAGACUGCACAAUUUGCAGUUGUCCUAGAGGUUUUUGAAGUUGCACCAUCCCUUUUCAUGGUGGAUGUUAGAAAGGCUGCUGGGGAUACACUUGAAUAUCACAAGUUUUACAAGAAUUUCUGUGCUAAACUUGAGCAUAUCAUCUGGAAACCAAAAGAGGCUAUGACAAAUUCCAGUCUUCUAAGAACAAUGACUUGCUGAUCCAGCUCUGUGGGUGUGAUGCAAUUCAGUAAGCAGACAUGCUUGGACAAGCUACUGCUCCCAGAAGCGACUUCCUGUGUAGUCUACAUAUGUUUUGUUGAUUAUAGAUCUCGGUCUUUUUCUCGAGAUAUGAAAUUCAAUGUCAUUAUAUGGUAAAACUCUUUGAGUGCACCAAAUAUUUUAAUAGUUUGCCUUGUGGCUAGCAAUGAUGGUAGGUAUGUUACCAUUAAUAGUUUGGUUGGAGGUUGUAUGUAUCGGAAAAUCACAUAAUUCUCAGUGUAGUGAAGAAUGUUGUGGAUGAGAUGGUACAUAUGCUCACUUGUAUAAGUUAUUAACGCAUAACUGUGAAAUAUCGUAGUGUUCCUGUUGUCUAUUCCUCUUA